AUGGGAACUUGUUGUACAAAUACUACACAGGAAAGGGAAUCCUUUACUGCAAUAACAGCUCCCAUCUACAUAAAUAAUGAAAAUUUGGAGAUUGGAGUGCAAACUAAAAUAAAAGAAUCGAAUGAAACUCCAAGUUCACCAAUCAGAUCUGAGAAAAUCGAUGAAGAGAAUUAUGGAAGCAUUAAGAGUUAUAGAGGAGUGCUGAUUAAUAAUGCUAAUGUAUAUAUGCAUUCUUUAAUAGGAUAGAUUUUUGAUGAAUAAACUUCACUUGCUAUAAAGAUAUUUAACUCAUUAGGUCCGUUUCCAUUUCCAAUUAGUAAAGAUCAAACACUUACUUAUGUUGGUCCAGUUUAAAUUGAUGACGGAAUGAUUUACGAAGGAUAGUGGCAGGAUAGCAGGAGGCAUGGUUUUGGAAAAUAACUCAAUUCCUUUGGAUCAAUAUAUGAGGGGGAAUGGAGCAAUGAUUAAUAGCAUGGAUACGGAAGAAUGGUCUUACCUAAUGGGGAUUAUUACGAAGGACAAUGGAUAAAUGAUAAGGCUUGGGGAGUUGGAAAGUACGUCAUGAUUGACGGAACAACUUAUAAUGGCGAUUGGGUUGAUGACAAACAACAUGGAAGAGGAAUUGAAUAAUGGAAUAAUGGACAAAGGUAUGAGGGCACUUAUUAAAAUGGUUAAAAAACAGGUCAGGGUAUUUUUGAAUGGCCUGAUGGUUCUAAAUAUGAAGGUGAAUUACUUGAUGGUAUGCCUCAUGGAAAUGGAGAAUAUAGCUGGAAGGAUGGGAAGAAAUAUAAUGGAGAAUGGAUGUUGAAUCAAAUGAAUGGCUAGGGAGUUUAUACAUGGCCUGAUGGAAAGACCUACAAAGGAAAUUUUGAAAGGGAUGAAAGAAGUGGGUAUGGAGAAUUAGAUUGGUCUGAUGGAAGAAUUUAUAAAGGGAAAUGGAAAAAUGGAAAGUAACAUGGGGAAGGGAUGUUUACAUAUAAUAACAAAGUGAGAAAAGGGGUUUGGUAGAAUGGAUAACCAAUCAGAUGGGGUCAGAGUGAAAAUUUAUCAUUAUAAUGA